GUGGGUUCUACCGACCUCGAAGCGGGCAGAAGGAUCUCAAAUAUACGCUGUACUCUGUAUCACGGGCCAAUAAUCCAUUUCCCCGAGACAGAGCACCUACCGUCAACUACUUUUCAUUUUCGGAUUUAAACCCCUUGUCAUCGCCCGGCUCACGUCCAUGAUAUUUCGUGCCAUUGAGUCGCAAUGGCCGCUUCUAAUUCCAAUCGUGGGGGAAGUCGGCUGGAGUUGGCCAACCCGGGCACAGUAAAGAUCAAUGUGAAGGGCGCCUUCAUCGUCGAUGAUGACCCUCGGUCUAAAAGUCCGGUGAGGACCGAUGGGGUUCAUUAUGAGGGUCAUGACAUUAGACUUCCCAACCACAAAGAAAUCAGUCAUGUAGCUGUUGAUAUCGGCGGAUCGUUGGCGAAGCUCGUCUACUUCACUCGAGAGAUUGACUCUGCCGACAACGGUGGUCGACUCAACUUCAUCAACUUCGAAACCUCGCGGAUCGACCUGUGCAUUGAUUUCAUCAAAGAAUUGAAAGCUGAGCACGAGAAGCUGAAGGGCUCAUCAGGGGCGGAACUAUGCGUUAUGGCUACUGGAGGUGGUGCUUACUUGUACUACGACAGAUUGAAGGAGUCCCUCAAUGUCGACAUCAUACGGGAGGAUGAGAUGGAAUGUCUCAUUACUGGUCUUGACUUCUUCAUCACCGAGAUCCCCAACGAGGUCUUCACAUACAGCGAAACCGAGCCCAUGCAGUUCGCCGAGGCCCGACCAGAUGUUUACCCGUAUUUGCUUGUCAACAUCGGCUCCGGAGUAUCUAUGAUCAAGGUCUCUGGCCCCAAGCAGUUCCAACGUGUGGGUGGUACACAUUUGGGUGGUGGUACAUUCUGGGGUCUUAUGUCGCUACUGACAGGCGCCCGCACCUUUGACGACAUGCUAGCAAUGGCAGAUCGUGGCGACAACAGCGGGGUAGAUAUGUUGGUUGGAGAUAUCUACGGCAUGGACUAUAGCAAGAUUGGUCUCAAGAACACUGCCAUUGCAAGCACGUUCGGCAAAGUAUUCCGCCUGAAGAAUCAGACAGGACAACAAAGUUCAGGUGGAGUAGAGGAAUCCUUGGAGGAACCCGAUUCGAGGAACGGUGAUCCAAAGUUCAAGGCUGAGGAUAUGAGCAGAAGUUUACUGUAUGCAAUCAGUAAUAACAUCGGACAAAUCGCCUAUCUGCAAUCCGAGAAACACCAGGUCAAGCACAUCUACUUCGGCGGAUCCUUCAUCCGAGGACACCGACAGACCAUGAACACUCUAUCCUAUGCUAUCAAGUUUUGGUCCAAGGGCGAGAAGCAAGCCUAUUUCCUGCGUCACGAAGGCUACAUUGGCUCCGUCGGUGCCUUCCUGCGGAGACAGCCUGCCAAUUGGGGACGUAGAAACAGCAUCGACGAGGCGUCCCUGCAGGAGCUAAAGGCCGCUCUGGAAGCCAAGCACCAAGCUAGUCAACAGAACUCAUCCUAGCGGAUGACACUCCGGAGAGCAUGCAUGCUGGACAAGAUGUGUCCGGUUCCUCAUUUUGAGCGUUUGAUACCCGUCGAUUAUGAUAACCUUGUACUACUGCU